AUAAAAGAGGUGUUCUCCGUCGAGGGUCCUCUUUUUUUUAGUUCUUUCCUCUCAUUCAUUCCUUUCUCUUCAACAUCAACACCGGCAGUUUCUAUAUUCUCUUCCCCCCGGCCGAAGCAAUGGCAGCGACGAUGGUGAGCUCGGCCGGUGCGUUGCUGGCGAUGCUUAACGAGAGCCACCCGCAACUCAAGCAACACGCCCUGUAUAACCUUAACAAAUUUGUAGAUCAGUUCUGGCCUGAGAUCUCCACAAGUGUGCCACUAAUAGAGAGCUUAUAUGAAGAUGAGGAGUUUGAUCGGCACCAGAGACAGCUUGCUGCACUGGUUGUUUCCAAGGUUUUCUGUUACUUGGGUGAUUUAAAUGAUUCCUUAUCAUAUGCCCUUGGAGCUGGUUCUCUUUUUGAUGUCUCUGAGGAUUCUGAUUAUGUUCAUUCUCUUCUUGCUAAGGCGAUAGAUGAGUAUGCUAGUCUGAAGGCAAAGGCAACUGAAUCAAAUGCUGAGGCAGCAAAUGUGGACCCUAGGCUAGAGGCAAUUGUGGAGAGAAUGCUGGACAAGUGCAUAAUGGAUGGUAAACACCAACAAGCCAUGGGAAUUGCAAUUGAAUGUAGAAGAUUGGACAAACUGGAGGAAGCAAUAACAAGGAGUGAUAAUGUUCAUGGAACUCUCUCAUAUUGUAUCAAUGUUUCACAUGCUUUUGUUAGUCGUAGAGAAUAUCGGUGCGAGGUGCUCCAUCUUCUUGUUAAUGUUUAUCAGAAGCUGCCCUAUCCUGAUUAUUUGAGCAUUUGUCAAUGUCUCAUGUUCUUGGAUGAACCUGAAGGUGUAGCAAGCAUACUGGAAAAGCUUUUGCGAUCUGAAAAUAAGGAUGAUGUUUUGCUUGCAUUUCAAAUAGCAUUUGAUCUUGUGGAGAAUGAGCACCAGGCUUUUCUACUAAAUGUUAGAGAUCGCCUUUCAGUUCCAAAGUCUCAAUCUUCAGAAAUGGUGCAGCCAAAAUCUAGUGAUCCAGAUCCUGCACAAAAUAAUAGUUCUACUGCUUCAGAGGAUGUUCAGAUGACAGAAGGAACCUCAGCUUCAAUUGCUAUUGUGCAGGAAACAGAUCCAAACGACGCAAUAUAUGCUGAGAGGUUGACAAAAAUCAAGGGAAUUUUGUCUGGAGAGACAUCUAUUCAGUUGACUCUACAAUUUCUAUACAGUCAUAACAAAUCGGAUCUUCUUAUUCUGAAGACAAUCAAGCAGUCUGUUGAGAUGAGGAAUAGUGUUUGUCACAGUGCAACUAUCUAUGCUAAUGCAAUUAUGCAUGCUGGAACGACUGUGGAUACAUUCCUCAGGGACAAUUUGGAUUGGUUGAGCAGGGCCACGAAUUGGGCCAAAUUUAGUGCCACGGCAGGGCUUGGUGUUAUCCAUAGAGGUCACUUGCAGCAGGGGAGAUCGCUAAUGAGACCUUAUUUACCCCAGGGCGGAUCUGGUGGUGGAGGUAGUCCAUACUCAGAAGGUGGUGCUCUUUAUGCUUUGGGUCUUAUUCAUGCGAACCAUGGCAAGGGCAUCAAACAAUUCCUUCGAGAUAGCCUACGUAGCACAAACGUAGAGGUUAUUCAACAUGGUGCAUGCUUAGGUCUGGGUUUGGCAGCUUUAGGAACUGCUGAUGAAGAUAUAUAUGAUGACAUCAAAAGCGCUUUAUAUACUGAUAGUGCUGUUGCUGGUGAAGCUGCUGGUAUCAGUAUGGGUUUGCUCAUGGUUGGAUCUGCAAGUGAGAAAGCAAGUGAGAUGCUUACUUACGCUCAUGAGACACAGCAUGAGAAGAUCAUUAGGGGAUUGGCGUUAGGGAUAGCCCUUACAGUUUAUGGAAGAGAAGAAGAAGCAGACACGCUAAUUGAACAAAUGACUCGUGAUCAGGAUCCAAUACUUCGUUAUGGUGGCAUGUAUGCUUUGGCAUUGGCCUACAGGGGAACAGCAAACAACAAGGCAAUCCGACAACUGUUGCAUUUUGCCGUAUCAGAUGUGAGUGAUGAUGUAAGGAGGACUGCUGUUCUUGCUCUUGGAUUUGUACUGUAUUCUGAGCCAGAGCAGACUCCUCGAAUAGUCUCCUUGCUUUCAGAGUCCUACAACCCACAUGUGCGAUAUGGUGCAGCUCUUGCAGUAGGCAUUUCCUGUGCAGGCACUGGAUUGAGCGAGGCUAUAUCAUUGCUAGAACCUUUGACAUCUGAUGUUGUCGAUUUUGUUCGUCAAGGUGCUCUUAUUGCAAUGGCUAUGGUCAUGGUGCAGAUGAAUGAGGCCGGUGAUUCUCGUGUUGGAACAUUCAGGCGACAAUUGGAAAAGAUAAUUCUUGAUAAGCAUGAAGACACCAUGAGCAAGAUGGGUGCAAUCCUUGCUUCUGGAAUACUUGAUGCUGGGGGAAGGAAUGUGACAAUAAGAUUGCUUUCUAAGACAAAACAUGAUAAAGUCACUGCAGUAGUUGGUCUUGCUGUUUUUAGCCAGUUUUGGUAUUGGUAUCCUCUCAUUUAUUUCAUAAGCUUAUCAUUCUCACCCACAGCUUUUAUUGGGCUGAACUAUGACUUGAAAGUUCCAAAAUUUGAAUUCUUAUCAAAUGCGAAGCCUUCCUUAUUUGAGUAUCCAAAGCCAACCACUGUGCCCACCACUACAUCUGCUGUGAAACUUCCCACUGCAGUUUUGUCGACUUCAGCAAAGGCCAAGGCUAGGGCCAAGAAAGAAGCAGAGCAGAAAGCUAAUGCUGAAAAAGCAGCAGGGGCAGAGUCUUCAUCUGCUGCAACAAAUACCGGGAAAGAGAAAUCAUCCAGUGAGAAGGAUGCAGAUUCCGUGCAGGUUGAUAGCCAGCCAGAGAAGAAAGCAGGGCCUGAACCUUCUUUUGAAAUUUUGACCAACCCAGCAAGAGUUGUUCCUGCUCAGGAGAAGUUCAUUAAAUUUAUGGAAGACAGCAGAUAUGCACCGGUGAAGUUUGUGCCUUCAGGGUUUGUCCUCCUGAGAGACUUGCAACCAACAGAACCAGAGGUCCUUUCUCUUACAGAUGCACCUUCGUCCACAGUGUCACCCGCUGGUGGUUCAGCUACAGGACAGCAAGGUUCUGCAUCAGCCAUGGCUGUUGAUGAGGAACCUCAGCCACCUCAGCCUUUUGAGUACACCUCGUGAUUCUGGUCAUAUUGAUUUUCUUACUGGUCCUCAUUUGAAAAUCACUGUGCUUUUAACUGGUGGAGAAAAUCAAUUGCGUCUCAACAACCACUUCAAUCUUGCGUGGAUAUGGCCAACAACCCAAGGCAAGUUUGUCGGUUUCAAGGUUUUCUUAUCUGCAGCAUGCCUUUUCUCGAGCAAAAAAAUUUUUAUAGGUACUUCAUUGACACCUGAUCAGUGUUUGAUUGACACACAGUAGGACUUUCUAUGGAUGUUCUUGAAAUGGAAUUUAAGUCCAUUUUGUAGUCAUUUCACAUUUCAAUUUACUAUUUCAAUGUGUUCUUUUUUAUUGUAUUCAUUAUGCUGUGACUUGUUCCUCUAUUGUUUUCCUUUGCCAACGAGUUUCCAAUUUUAUGUGAUUUUUCUCCUA